AAAACACCAACAUGAAUCAAUCCACAUAAGAUUAUGCCAACAACUAGAUACAUGUAGAUUCUAACAACUUAAAAUGAUGCUUAGAAAGUUUAUACUAAGGAGUUCAGGAUUGAUUAUCCAAACUGUAAAUUCAGCUCAAGGAAAUGGCAAGAUCUUGCCUAAACAAUGGAAUAACAUGAUGACAUGCUAUUUGUGUCGUACAAUUAAUUCAUCAACUGUGCAGUUCUCCAAUCAAGGACACAAACGAAAAUUUCAAGAAUAUUAUACAGCAGUCUUAGCAGAGGUUCAGUCAAACAAAAGACUACAAAUGCUGUCGAACAAUCAAGAGAUGUCAAAAGACCCGGUGUUAAAAGAAAGGGCCAUGAAAAAAUGGAUUUUUCUAGAGGCCGUCGAGGUGUACUUAGCAAAGAAUGAAGAACAUCGCAGGGGCCAUGUGGAGUUUAUCACUGAUGCCCUUGCACAGAUGGAGGAACUUGGUGUUCACAGAGACCUGUCUUGCUACAAAGCUCUCCUGAAGGUUUUGCCGAAAAAGGUAAUGGUGUUAGAGACAGUAUGGCAGUACGCUAUGCACCACUACCCUAGGCAGCAGGACAUCGUUGUGGAGCUUAUGGAACAGAUGGAAACAAAUGGAUUGAUGGCUGACUGGGACUUUGGGGACCAGCUCAUAGAGUUAUUUGGCGAGCAUGGACAUGUGUACAGGAAGUUCCGACGUUCAAUAUACUGGAUGCGGAAAUUCCAUCAUCGCAACCCCUUCCAGCUUCCUCACGAACUUCCUGUCAAUCCUGUAGAACUAGCCAUUCUUGCUCUGAAGAAAAUGGCCAUAGAUUAUGAGAACGAGAUUAAAGUCUGGAAGGUGUCCGAAACAGAGGACUUGAAGGAAAACUUAUUUAUAGCUUCAGCACAGAGCCCUUCACAAUGUGAACUCAUUAACUUACAUCCAGUGGACCAGCUCAUGUAUGUGGAGGGGGGAUUCAGAGUCUGGAUGAGGGAGGCUCACCAAACAUACUUUAUACUGCGUGCAGAUUCUGACCCGAAGCUGUUUCGACAACCUACAGAGGAAGAGGAAUUAGACAACCUUUUUGAAUUUGAGACGAUAUUUGAUACAGAGAAGCCAAAGGCACUGGUACCUAGACCGAAUAUUCAUCAGCAGGAGGACGGAACAAUUCUGGCAAUGUGCAUCACACAGACAGGGUGUAAAGACUCCCUCAUAUCAUGGAUAAGAUGCUUGCAGGAGAGGAAUCCUAAAUUGGCAAAAAUUCAGAUAGUAUUCAGACUUGCUACUUCAGAGGAUUUGUUUUUAGUUCCGACGUCAUCUGAAACACAACCGGUUGUUAAUAUUUCUAAUGAAGAAAAUAAGAAAUCUUGAUAAGUUUUAUAUGUAUUAUUUUAUUUAUUCUAAGCUCUUUUUGUUGCUGUAUUAAAGGCUUUGCAAACUUUUACUGUUAAGUGAAGUUUGAAAUAAAAUGAUAG